AUGUUCCAGGAUUCCGAAAUUCCAAGAUUCCAGGAUUCCAGGAUUCCAGGGUUCCAGAAUUCUUUGAUCUGGAAAGCUGAUUUGUCCGGCGGAUCCAACGGAGAUCGGAACGUUUCGAUGGAGUUCAAAAACGCCCCUUCAGCAGCUCUAUCGACGUUUUCACAAAUUCUAAAAAUUGGGACAAAUGGAUUCAACGGAUUUUCCGGGGGAUGUCGAUGGACUUCGGCUGGAAAUUUCAGAGAACUUGAUUGUUUUUUGUGA